AACACACACACACAUACACACACACACACACACACACACACUGUCACUCACUCAGCGUCGAGGCCAGAGUACAGUAGUAUACCACAGUCGCCCGGGCACGCACAGAAUAUACCGUACUAACAUACAAACAUACUUAUAUACAUACAGACAUCCACGGUAAUACUGGUACAAGCAUUCAUACAUACACUUGGAUAAUAGUGAUAACCAUACAUUUCCUGUCUCUGUCUCUCUCUCUCCGUAUCGAAUCAUCAAUGAAACAACAAACCUUUUAAAACAAUGACCCAGAUUACAAACAACGCGAGGCAGAAGUGGUGGUGAGAUCCUCGUGUUAUCGCUGAGACUGAGACCUGCCUGAGUUUAGUGCCUGUGACGUCGUCGUGUUGUAACCGAGAUUAGGACCCGCCUCAGUCGUCUACUACUACUAAGACUGGGACACUCCGGUGAGAUGUUACAGCUGCGAGUGGGGCGUGCCUCGGUGCCCUCGUCAGAAAUGAUGAGCAGCAUGAGCGGCUUCCGCGGGGACGUGAUGGCGGAGGGGUCUAGACUCCCGCCCAUGGGCCCACACUUCAGGGACGCCGGCAGCAGUCUGUCCAGGGACUACUGCAUGGACUCUCAGCCCCUCGACUACUCCACCAAGAGGAUUCACGGGAUUCCCUUGUCCCUCACAUCCAUAGACAACGGUGGGGGCUUGGCGGGCGAUGCCUCCACCACGCCCAUAUUUAAGUCGCCCAAGUUAUCUCCAAAAAGUGUCUCGGAAAGUUUGUCGCUGCGCUCCGAGUGUUCCUCUCCCAUGUCCUGCAGCCCCGGCCCGCACGUCACACCUUACAGCCAGGUCCCUAGCAGAUCCUACAGCCCCACGCCUCAUGCAUUUCAACAGCUGCUGCACCCACCGCCUGUACCGCCUGUGCCGCCAGCCGCCCAGAUAUCCCCGUCAGCACUACCACCCAUUGCUUCGUCCUUCCAUCACAAUCCAGCCGCGGUUAGCUCACUCAUUCUAGCUCAGCUACAGGCUAACCCGCUCCUCUUCUCCACGCUGUUGGCCAAGUCUAACCUGAUGACGCAGCAACAACAACUACAAAAUAUGAAGGCUCAAGUUUCUCCGCCCCUCAAGUCGCCGCCGUCCGAGCCGCGCCUCCCAGGCUUCUCAGGAGCAGGUUUUGGCGUGGGAGGGCUCGGUCCGGACACCCUGAGUAUGAUGCACCUAAAGAAUUAUCACGGGGAUCACCUGGGGCCCAGCUCAGGAGUCCUGCAUAAUACCACGCAGGAGGAACUAGCGCUCCUGGAGCGAAGCAAUGAGGAAUAUAGAAGCUUUCGCGAAAACUUCCUCAGUGAGUCGAGCAAGAUUAAGGCCCGUCGAGGUGGAAGAAGGAACUCCACUACACUUGGUGGUGCCUCUGUCACCGGGAACAGCUGUGACAGAAGUAGUGGAGCUCCCGAUGACUCUGGUGGCGAGGGAAGCAUAGACGUGGUGAGCGGCGACAGUGGCGACGGCGAGGACCACGACGCCAAGACUGACAACGGCGAGGAAAAGAGCAUGGAGAUGAGCCAGCAGGAAGCAGGAGCCGACCCAUACAGUCUUAUCCCCAAGAAGCGCAACAGGCAGGGCCUGGAAAGCACCAUGAAGGAUGAGGCGUACUGGGAGCGACGUCGACGAAACAACGAAGCCGCCAAACGUUCCAGAGACGCGCGCCGAGCCAAGGAGGAGGAGAUCGCCAUCCGCGGCGCCUUCUUGGAACAGGAAAAUAUGAAGUUGCGUGCCGAACUGUCCACUCUGAAGUCCGAGACGGCUAAGCUGAGGUGUAUGCUGUACAAUAGCUGAUGAGUCAAUCCUGAGCUGUUACUUAUUAACCUCCACCAAUCUUUAGUUUUGGUUCCUUUCUACUCUUCUGGCGAGUGCUGAUUCCAUUAUUGUCACGGUCAUGUACUGCUUUAAUCCGUGCCACCGUGCAAGGCCGUCUCAUCUUCCAUCCUGUACCAUUAGUCAUCGCCUUUCAUGAAGCCUGCAUGCGUGGAUCCAACCCUGCGCGCUGCCUUGUCACACUGGCCUAGUAUCUAUCAACACACACACACACACACACACGGUUACAUAUAUAAUUAAGUCAGAAGGAUGUAAUUCAUGACGUUAACAAAUGCAAGUAAAGAGAUGCCUUGAAUCACCUUUUCCUCUUCUUUGCAAUAGUGUGCAAUACUAAUGUGGCAUAAUAUAAUUAAACACUUCCUACCUGAGACUGAAUAAAGGAGAUUUUACCGUU